AUGGCAACGAAAAAGGCGUGCGUGGAUGCGCCCAAAAGGAGCCGGAGUCCGGUCGUGCUGGAGGCGGAGAUGUUCAGUGAAUUUCAGGACUGGUGUCUCCGGACUUAUGGAGACUCCGGCAAAACAAAGACCGUCACCCGGAGAAAAUACAACAAAAUCAUGCAGACACUGUUGCAGAAUGACGAGACGGACGGCGUGUAUAUCGACAACAGCCACAUCAACGCCAAAUUCAAAUUCUGGGUGAAGUCCAAAGGAUUUCAGGUCGGAACCAACGUUUUGGGAGAGCACAACAAGAAAGGAGCUCCAGGGAAACCCGUGCUUUAUGUCCCGGUCAAGUCAACGGUAAAGUGUGUGCGUGCAUCUGUGUUUAUGUGUGUGUGUGUGUGUGUGUGUGUGUGUGUGUGUGACAGAGACAGAAUGUGCAUGAGAUGUCCCGUCACCGUCUAUAAGUUGUCAUUAUCUCAGGCUGCACACACGCAUCUGUCACGUGAAUUAACUGAUAACUUAUGAAUGUUUUGUGGUCCCGGCUCGCCCUCGUCUUUCCUCAUAAAGCUCCACUUUGUCCACAUCCCAACCCGAGCAGCCCUACUCUCAUCCCUUGCUGCCAUAGCAACGCCGGUGCCUCCUGGCAAUCUCGAUCGUAAAAAGGUAGACUAUCAUGCUCAGCCAUCUCGCCACUGAUGGUGAAGUCCUGUCAGCGGCACGCGGCCGGCUGCAAAGCACGAGAUAAUUGACUAUUGACAACAUUUAGUUUCAGACCGUGCCGUUCGGGUCUCGUGGAGACCGAUAUGGUGAUGCUGUGCGCGCGCACGUGGAUGCAACGGCAUGUUCGUGUUGGGUCGGGUAUGUCAGGGUACUCCCGCGUGCUCAUUGAUGGACCGCAGACUAUUAGCGCCAACUAAGACGGUGUCAGGUCCGGCUCUCUGCUGGGAGGACCCGCAGGUUUCAUUGUUAGAGGUUUGGCAAAGGGCACGCGCCCUCACUGUCCCAUCUGAACCGAGCAAAACGGAGCGUGUCCAUGCGUCGACAAGAUUAAUUUGUCUCCCCUCUAAAGAGAGCAGAUAUGGCUUCAAAAUAAACUGGAAUGUGUUCCUUUUUUAGUGAUUUUAUGAUUGUGUUUGAGACAGUGUGAGUCUCAGUGUUCGCACCCCACUUUUCAUUGUCCUGGGCGGGAUGCAGAUCGGCUCGCAGUCACUCGCUGGUUGCUCUGGCAACACCUGUGUGGUCCAGGAUAGUCUGCCUCUGCCGCAUUUUAUUGUGCAUCUUCAGACAUUAAGCCCCUUUAAGCCCGUUUAAUUCGGUCUUUGCAAGAACAACAUUAAAAACGAUUUUCUAUUUUUGAAGAAGGGAGGCAGCAGCUGUGCGUAAUUGGUGACCACGUGAGGGGCUGUGGCGGAAACAAAAGGGUCUGCUCGGGACUGAUAGCGACAUACGCCCACAGUUUGAGCUCAGACUUCACUUCUGCAUGUCUCUGCUGAGGUUUGGGGGCGGGGGGCUUGGGGGGUUGGUUGGGGGUGGGAGUGCACAUCACUCCGGCUGCAGGUGCGUUAAGGGUUAAACCACACAUUCUGCUUUUCUCAACGGUUUGCCAAGAUAAACAUGUACAUGGUGAACUGUCAGCAGUGCCCUCAGUAGUUCUCUCUGUGAACGCGCUCAAGAUGUUUGGGGGCCUGCUGUGCCAGAGAGGAGAAAAACCACCAUUUUAAAUAAGCGCCUUCAGGGAAUAAUCCCCCCCCCCCCCUCCCCUUCCUGCUGGGACAAAGUCUCUCUGGACCCUUCAAGAGCAGAAACACAUUUUCCGUUCACAAACUGGAGGAGAUUUUGGCACAGAUUGCAGACUGAAUCCUUUGAUUUGGCUUGAAUAGCGCUGAUCCCUCCACAGGUGCUGUACCUGUGUGAAUGCUCAAUUUAGAUUCAGGCCCAGCACCUUACAAAACUCCUCUAAUCUCCACUCAAUAUUAGGUUUCCCUCCAGGCAAGAGGGCAGGUGUGAUGUGUCUCUGCAGGUGCAGGUGGUGCCUGAGAUGUGUUUUUGAUUAGCUUCUGCCUGUAGUUGUCUUCAUUUAUCGAUUUAAUUCCUUAUUGGUCCUUCUGUCCUUAUUCAGACAGAUAUUUUGCGGUGAAAACAUAAUUCCCUGAGGUCUGAUUAAACAAUUUUAGAAGCUGAGAAAGUCUCGCAUGAGUAUUGCAGAGGAGUGCACACACUUUGUAGCGAACAUAAAGCGGAGGGGAAACCUCCCCCUGACUCAGAUCCACUUGGGAAAUUUAGACAACAAACAAAACAUCAGCCAAACACAAGCAGGUUCUGAUGAUGAGUCAGAGGCAACAAAUCAAACUGUUUAUAUGCACGGGACUAUUAGAAAGCAGGAUCUUCAAAAAUUCUGCGUCAGGUUUUAUAAAUAGGAUGUCCUGGGCCAGUGGAGAGGUGACACACAUAAUCAGAUAUAUAAUGGUCAGUGGCUCCUCGUGUGGCUUCAGGGCCGGGGGCGUGUCUCUGAAGCUCCAGUAUUGGAUCCCUGCUGCAGCUGCUCCCAGGGUGUGCCAAGUUUGUGUACAGGGGCAGGCAGGGGGCUAAAUGACGGGCGGCUGGGUGGGGGAGGAGUGUGCGGAGGAUGAUGUGCAGACAGAGAGGGUCUCUUCUAUGUGUCAAUGAAGCAUACAAGGCAGCUUCAGUGUGCGACGGGACAGACGGGCAGGGCACAGAGGCACAGAGUCAGAGUGGAUCUUUUCAAGCAGGAUGAAGAAUCAUUUUCUGUUUGUAUUUUUCUGUCCGUCUCUGUCCUCCUGCUUUGUGUUGUCUUGCCUCCUCUCUGCUGCCGCUCGGAGACUCCAGCAGCCUUCAGUGUUGAAGAUGCAACCUCGUUUAGCUCUCAUUAUGUCCUGAUUAGAGGAGGCCGCAGAGGAGGAGGGGAGCAGAACCAGAAACAAACACAGAGAUGCAACACAGAAUCAAACAGGGUGUGUGUGCGUGAACAAGGCUUCCCAGAGUGGAGUGCAUCCCGUUUCAAAAGAGACGCUUAAACGCCCCGUGCACUUCCCCUCGGCUGACAUGAGCAUUGUACUGAAAAAUUUGAAGUACUGCGAGCUGUUGCUUUUUGUUGCCAUGCCAACUGAAAUCUGUAAAUAUCUCUGUUCGUUUCUCCUGACAGUUUGGUGGAUGUACUCUCACAUACACAUACCAUAUAUACAUAUAUACGUAUAUAUGUAUAUAUGGGUACAGAUAUAUAUAUAUGUGACAUUUCAGAAACAUUUCACAUGAUGUGUAAAAAGUGAAAGUUGAACUUUGUUUGCUGCAGGAAAAGAUCCACAGAUCUCUGCACUUGAAAGCAGCAUCUGCAGGGGAGGGGGACGAUUUAGGAUAGGAGGUGCUCUGUUUUUGUUUGUAAGACAGCACCAUUCAUACUGUUCAAAAACUGAACAUUAAGACUACUGAAAGAAAUACAACAUAGAGAGAAAACAAGGCUUUAAAAUGCUAAAUAAUUCAGAGAAGUUAUUUGGUCCAGUCAGAAAAACGCAGCAGCUGAAAUCUUAAACACCUUUUCUUAAACUUUAUGGAUGUUGUAGCUCAAAUCCAACCACAUUCAAGCAUCUAAAGCUGCUGAGCACACUGUAAACAAUGACCAGAGACAUUUUUCGAUUGGACCAGUUUUUCACCAGGAGAUCCUUCAGAGGGAUUCAGAAGAACACACUCGCUCCUUUAUGUCUCCAGUUAUUGUCGAUCAUCCAAACUCUGUCUCCCAUUAUGUGAAUGUUCAAGCCUAAAGUGGUCCUUUGAAUGUCUUUGUUUGGUCAAUGGCGAAAAAAAGUCCAGAGAUAUUCAAGUGGCCAUCAUGAAAGACUGUGUUGGCAGAAAAUAUUGAACUCCUACCAAAACCGGAAAACAGAGACAGUUUUUGAAAAGUAUUCAAACUAGUGCACUGUUAAUUAUAAGAGCUGCAGAAUAUGACCUAUCAAUCAUCUGAUCAAUUCAUUGACUAUCAUUUGCAGUUCUGCUUCCAACUGCUUUUCUCUCUAAUAACCACGGCAGCCAAAAAUGUGUAGAUCCUGGUAUCCAGCCUCUCAAAUGUGAAGAUUAUCUUGCAGUAAACUGAAAUCUUUCACAUUUUUCUGUUCUUCAGAUAAAAUUAGAGGUUUUCAGACACAGCUGUGUGUGUUUUUUUUACAGUGUAUUUCAAUAUUUUAACUGGAUGAAUAAUGAAUUAAUGAAGAAUAAUUGGCAGAUAAAUUAAUCAUGAAAAUAACGGAUAGUUGCCGCCUGAAAGUGAGAGGACAGGACCAAAUUAAACAUGACUGCCACAGAGAGUGGGUUUGUGAAUGGAGGAUUAAAUCUUACUGUCAUUUUCCUAAACAAAGAUUUGUCUUGGGACGUCCUCUCUCCUCGCUGAAAUCACAAACCAACAUUCACACUCUGCUUCUUGGGGAACAGGCGCUAGAUGUUUGCGCCUCUCGGUCAGACGAGGAAGAGGAACAUCAUCAUUAUUAUCUGAUUAAUUAGUCCACAUUUCCCCUGAGAGCUCCUCUUUGGUGGCAGGGCCACAGAGUCAAAAGAACACGGGUCCUAUUAUUCAGCUGCAUUUGCAUUAAUGCUAUUUUAGCAAAGAGGAGCUCCUCUGCUUUGUCCGGUGUGGGUUUUUAUUUGGUUCCAACCCUCCUCAGCAGCUCUUAUUACAGACAGGAUACAGACUAUAACCCAUGGGUUCAAACUAAAUUCUCACCUGUUCAAACAUAAAUUUACCUGUGUGUGUGUGUUUGUGUGUGUGUGUGCAGCUGUGAUUGACACUUUCAUCAAGUGGGUAAGGGUGGAGAUGUGUGGGUAAGGGUGGAGAGCACACAUCUUUGUUUAAUCCAGAGUCCUAACGAAAUACGCUUUUGCCGUAAUGUGUUUUAUUUCAUAAUUUUACAAACCGGUGAUGAAAUCCCCCCCGAACUGAACGUAGUUUUGUGCGUGAAUGUGUGUGUGCAUGUGUGUGCUUGUUGAAAGAGGGGGUCGCUGAUCGCAUGCUCUGUGUUUCCUCCCUUCAGCACCCUCUCUGUUGCCAUGGAGAGACCGUUCUUUGCUUUCCCAUAGGAGGAGAAAUUAACACCAUUUUUAACUGGCCCGGGGGCCUCCCCCCUGUGUGGGAGAUAGUCUGAGUUCUGCUGCUGCACACACACACACACACACACAAAUUCACACUCACACUGAGUCUUUAAGACGGCAAUAAUCUUCCUACCACACCGCUACAGUCAUUUUUAAUACCUUUGCGAGGCCGGCGUUUAACGAAGUGGGACAGUAUGAUAAUAGCUCCAAAAUGGCAAAAUGGACUCUGGGAUGUGAUGAUGUAUGUGAGAGUCCUCGUGUGUGUGUGUGUGUGAGCAGGGUUUGUGUGUGAGUGCGUGUCACUUACACUCCAUUUUGACUCAGUGACUGGAACGUCAACAGUGCCAGGCCACUGGGCCGGUGGGACCGUCUGUGUCUCCGGCUCAGUGGGAUAUUGGGGAUGUCACACACUCUAUCAAAUAAAGCUCAUCAUGGGAACAGCCGCGAAAAAAGACACACUAUCUAACACACACACACACACACACACACACACACACACACAUAGAGGGACGCGGGACAGAGGGGAAGAGCUCAGAGCACCUAAUGUGGAUUUAAUGACGGGGCUUUAUAAUUGAGGCAGAGAGGAGGAUGAUUGUGAAAAGAGAAGAAAUAGGAGGGGAUGGAUUUUAUUUGAAGAAUGGGGACACUGUGGAGGUAAUAGUCUGUUUCAUCCCAGUUUUUUUGUCCCUAUCAUCUUCUCCUUGGAGCGCGCGCACACACACACACACACAGGCUCACACACUCGCAUAUACACACACAAGACACAGGGAUUGCUCCAUUUAUGUGUCCAUUAGCCAGUUGAUAGAUUUACAGAGGGGAGAUGGGGCUUUAAAAGAUGACCUGUUGUCACAUCUGCAGUGAGAUAAUCUGAGUCAUGAGUACUGUUGACACAGCCAUACUCGCCGGGUACACACACUUACACACACACAUGCACACACACACAGAAAAUACCCUGGCACAACUUAAGCUACUUAUGUGCAGCCACCUUACAAAAUUAAUGCACACCAUUUCUUGUAUGUUGCACCUUUGACUUUUACAGUAAUGUGCAAAGCCAUAUUGAAAUUUUUCCACAUUAUUCUCCUUUCAAGGCCAGUUUCUUGCAGGAUGCAUCUUUUCCAUCUUCCUCGGCCUGCCUUUGUGACCCAGCUGCUUCCCCAUGAACCCCCACCUCCUCCUCCUCUCCCUCCUCCUCCUCCUCCUGACCUGCCUGUGUGCAGGACUGCUCCUCUCUCCCCUCAGCGACUCUCUGCUACAGUGUGUGUGUCUCUGUGUGUGUGUGAGUGUGCGAGUGCCAGCGGGGGUGGGGGCAGCCGACUCAACCCCUCCAGUCUCCUAGCAACAGAGCGGUUUGGUGCGGGACAGGGAGAGCGCACAGGGGAUGGGGGCUGGUUGUACAGUGGCUGGGGAGAGCAAAGUCCUCCGGGAUUAGAAAGAUAGAGAGAAGGAGGAGAGGAGGAGAAGAAGAAGGAGAGGGGAGAGAGUUUUGCUGUGUUGUUGGCGAUUAGGGAUGCUGACAUGUCUCCUUUUGCUCUUUAAAACGACAUGCUGUUGCUGAUGAGACCAAAUAUGUAGCUCGCUGUUCAACAGCUGUUCUCCUCAGAGAUCCUUCAGCUACGAGCUGUGCCCGGUAGACAUGUAGUGCACUUAAACACACAUGGCGCACACAAACACACACCCGGAGCAUGUCGUGUUUGGGGGUGAAUGUUUAACUCCCUUGUGACUAGUGUUUGGAAAGUAAAGAGCUUAUCGGUGCUGAGGAGCUCAGGAAGGCCUUCAGGUGACAGGACUGACGUAGAAAGAAAUGUUGUCAUGCUUUAAAGUUCUUACUUGAGGGUAGGCAGCGCACAAAAGAAAGCCAAGGUCAGUUUGAUAGCCAAGUAAACAGCAAUUAGUUUGGCAUUUCGUAAACUGUAUGAGUUAUAUUUUAGAUUCAGCCUCUUUCAGCUGCAGCUGCUUAUGCUGUCUCCCCUUUGUAUGGCUGUGUCCAGAGUCACUCAUCGAUCCCUGCAUAGUAAAUUUACUAUAUUAUGAUUCUUAACUAAACUUAAAUUAUCAUUAAACCCUUAUCUAAAGUAACAGAAAUGCUUUGAAUUGCAGAUAUUUAUACAGUGUUAGAAAGUAUCACACUGGUAGAACGACACGGAUUACUAGUUACUAUGGUUUCUGGCCUUAACCUGCAUUGUAUUUUCUGCCAGUAUCAGACUGCAAUUUGGUGUUGAAACAUAUUGAUCUUAUCCAAUGUCAACUGAUUUUAUUGUGGAGCUGAUUGAUUACAUUAUCAGACAGGUGCAUGUUGUACACCGGCAUAGAUUUGGUAUCUAAAAUGCUAUCUAGGCUGUACUUCUAGGAUGUAAACUAUGUGGACAUCUGUUUGACGUUGAUAGCUGAUGGUCAUUAUUGUAGUGUUUCCCUCAUACAUAGUGUGUGAGAAGGGGGAGGUACAGCGUACAGCCUAAUCCAACAGGUGUGGGCGUUAGCCAGGACAGGCUUCUUGAGCAGGCUCUGCCUUUAUUUCUUCUUUCUAACAAUUUACUUUUGACUCUGCUUUUUGUGUUUUUCUCUUAUUUUGCCCCGCUGCAAAUGGAAUAAUAGAGGAAGGUAGAGCGUACAGCCUAAAUAAGCUUCCUCCUCUUCCCUUCCUUCCAUAUCCUCUUUCUAACAUUUCCACGUACUAGCCUCUCUGUAUUCUCUCCUAUCUCCUCUCAUGAGAGUGGAGACCUCUACCUCUUGACCAUUUUGUCUUUUAGGGGGAGGUAGAGCGUCCAGUCUACUGAGGCAAGGGGUUUCCUACCCUGGCUCUUCCUUCACUCUCCUCCUUAAACAUCUUACUAUUAGCACUUCUUUGAGCGUACCUUCCUUUUUUUUUCAUGUGCAAAUGGAUGAAUAAGGGGAGGUAGAGCAUACAGCUGAAACCAGCAUUGAUGAGUCUGAACCCAAACAGGCUUCAUGCCUUACCCUCUUUCUAACAUCUCUCUGUCUAACUUCAUCUCUGUAUUGUCUCUUCUUGUGUUGGUGUGUGGGUUUGACUGUUGAGUCUCUCCAAAGUGUAGCAGGCAACAAAACUUUACAAAACAUCCCUGAAGGGAGGAGCUGACUUAAUAACUAUGGUAAUGUAUGGGCUCUCUGGUUCAGUGUAUCUUCAUGCUUGGGUGUUGGGGGACAUUGUGUUUAUUUGAAAUACCAUAAUACUGUUAGGCUGACUAGAAAAAAACAGGAGUGUUAUAAUACAUAGGUCAGAGAUUUACAGUUGAGCCCAGUAUGUAGUCUUCCACUCAGACCUUCCCACUUCGAAGGUGGACCUGUGGAGCGAUCAACAAUCCAACAGCUGCACAGAAAACACCUCAUAACACUCAAAACUACUGGAUCUAUUUAAGAAUAUACAAAAACUUAAAACCAUUUCAUAAAUACCCCCUAAAAUCAGUGCCUGAGUGGCUAAAGCAGCUGUCCCCAAUCCAAAAGUCCUUACUUCUGUUGUCAUGACGAGUGUUGUUAGCAUCCAAGAACAGGUGUCCAUCUCUUGAGGAGCUAAAGAGACGACAGAAGAGGAAAAAGGGAACAGAUGGAACAAAGAAAAGAUGUGGUUUAAAAUAAGACCUUUUAAUUCUGUUUAUGAAAAGACCAAAUUAAAAUAACAUGCCACAAAUCUUGACUUUUACAUUUUCUUCUGUUAGUCUGACCCGUGAAAUUAAUCAUUUUAACGUGUUAAUUUAGAGUGGCGCGUUUGUUUGUGUUUCAUUCCCUGUCUCAAAACCAAACCCCCUACUCAAACAGCGUGUAAAGUCAGAGCUAUGUGUAUUUCUGUGCUAAAUGAUGGGAAAGCUAGAUUAAGAUAGUUAUAAGCCCUAAAUUGGCUUAUGGGUCGCAAAUUGAAAAGGUCUGCUGUAGAUAGUGAAUAGGAAUGAGUUCGUUGACAUGUUCUGAUUUUAAAGUAAACAUCUUGUGAUUUGGGUUUGUUUGGGAGGUAAAAGGAGAAAAAUUGUGAUCUUUUGGUGGAGAUAACCAAAGUAGAGUUGGUAACUAAAAGGCACAUAGAAAUAUAAUUUUUUUUCCAAAUACUUUCUUCUAAAUAUUUUUCUGACAUAGUCUUAAGAAUUAAUCUCUGAAAAUGGUGGUUGCAGCUGUAUCCAGAAUUACUGCGCACACAGUGCUCAGAUUACCACCAGGUCUAACACUCUAAAUCUCUGGAUGUCUCCUCCAGGUGGGAGAAAACACUCCCAACUGAGUAUCCAGUGUGAGUGUGUGAGUGUGUGUGUGUUUGGAUAUUAUGUUGGGGUUGAAUUCAGCAGAGGAUGCAGCAGCGGUGUGGGUGCACUGCAAACCCCACAGUUGUAUGAGAUUAUCUAAAUCCAGCGUGAAUGGACCUGACACCAUUGUCCCAGCAGCAGCAGCAGCAGCAGUGAUGUUAGUGGUGGUGGUGGUUGGUGGUGGUGAUGAUGUCACCAGGGGAAUGGCGAUGAUGAUGAUACCUCCAAGUGCGAUAGAUUACAGCUGUGAUGAUGAGGUGGAAGAUCACUAUUAUUUCAUUUAUUAUCAUUACAUUUAGCCUGCGCUGACAGGGGAGAGUGGAUGAAAAGAGAGAGAAGGGGAGAAAGGGAGAGAGAGAGAGAGGGCCGGAUUAAAACAAACCCGCUCUGUGAGCUGGUUUUAGUUGCCAUGGCAACGAUCAUUACCUCGCACUUGGGAGAGCAGGAGCAAGGAGAGAGAAGAGGAGGGGGGUAGAAGAAGGAAAAGAAGGAAGAAAGACGGGACAGAGGUGCGGGAUGAAGACAUGGAGAGAUGCAGGAGGGAGAGGGAGGAAACGUGUGGGGGUGAAAACGGGAAAAUGAAAUGUCAGAUCCCAGGAACUGUGCUGAAAUGUCAAGAGGAGGAGGGAGAGGUGGAGGGGAAAAGUGUGAUUCCUCAGUGCCAGAGGGACAACUUUUUUGAACUCGGGACCCUCCUCUCACUCAAACGAGAAAAGAUCACACCCCACUUUGAAGACAAACUCCAGUAAAUGUCAGAGCUGGUCGCAUAUCUGCAUAGCAGAGGGAGGAAAAAACUCAUUAAAGCUCAAAUCCAGUUUUUUCCCCAUUUUAAGCGAGCUGGGGCACUUUCAGUUAUCAGCAGGUGCUGAAGCAGAAAAACAAAAUCUCUGAGGAAGUGAUGUGUUUAUGAAGAAGGAGUUACUUGGGAAGAAAAGAUGGAGGUAGAACAGGGAGGAAAGCCCCAUGUGGCGCUGCGGAUGGAGGCCGUCGUCCUGGCGAUCCCACUUGUACGCUGUGUCACAUGACCCUUUGCCCGGCACACCUGCCCGAGAGAAAUCAGUGGCAGUUUCUAUGGCGACAGGGUCAGCAGUAUAUAGAGGUGGGGGUAGGUGGGAGAGCCGGGCCUGUACGGUGUCUGUGCUGUUAUUUUUAAACACUGCAGAUGUGAGGUGAUGGUUGCAGACCCGGUCGGGGCCGGGAAGAUUCAGCUCGACUGGUUCUGAAACCGUCACAUCAAAAAGAGAGAGUGAAAGCUGGAGGAGAGCUGACAAGGCAGAGCAGCUUUUUGCUCAGUUAGGACACUUCAGUCAGUGUGUGUGAGACUUAUAAACCUGAUGACCUACGACUGGUGCCUGACAGAUCACUCGUCCCUCACAUGAAUGAAGGAAUCUCUGUUUUCAGCUGCUUUUGUCUGUCAUAAACACAGGGUUGUUGUUUGUUUAGAGAAGUGUUUUGGUUUUUGUUUGUUGUGCAUUUGUAGACAGUGUAGUAUUGACCAAUCACAUGUCAACAGGCUUUUGUUUAUGCAGUCUGUAAAGAAGAAAAUCCACUGUAAUGACACCCCAGCUAUCAUCCUCUCAGUGAUGUGACAAUAACUUGUUUAUUUCUUUAACUGAGAUACUGAUAGAUCUGUGGUGUUAGUGCAGGACAUUCAACUGUUUGCUUCUGUUUGUGUUUCAGUGUUCAGAUGGGAACUCAGCCCAAGACAACUCCUCCCUGAAGCGUGUCGCCGUGGUGGAGGACUUCUUUGACAUCAUCUACGCCAUGCAUGUGGAGAUGGGCGCAGACCCGGGCAGAGCACCCAAACAUGCAGGACAGAAGAAGACCUACAAAGCGGUACGUAAAUCCUACUGUGUGCUUCGAGAUGCCGCAAACUUCGACAACACCCCUCUAAGUCUCUUUAUGCUUGUCAAUAUUGAGCAUGUUAACAGUAAAGCCAACAUUAUCCUCUAGUGUUUGUCAUUUCAUCUUCAUCUGUACCAAAAGACGGGCUGCUGCCAGGAAUCACAAUGACAAAGAAAACGUGUCUGCUCCCCCAAAACAACUUUUUUUGUCCGAUUCAAAGGGUCUCUUUCAAAGGAAGAAGUCACUUUGAACAAUAAACACUUGAUCUCAGACAAACAGCAGUCUAAUGAGCGCUGUGAGGCCGCUAAAUGGUCCAAAGUGGUGGGUAGCAGACUGGCCUACUGGCCUUAGCGUCAGAACUACAUUGCUCAUUUGAGACGAAAAAACUCCACCUAAAUAAGCUUUGCAGACACCGAGCACUCAUUAGGAGGUCCAUAAAAAAACAAUGGUGUCAAACGGAAAUGUUCUCAGCAAGUCAGCACAAUUAUAUGAUGUUAAAAGAAUAGAUUAUUGCAUGAGUACGACUGAAACUUGACUAAAAUACUCAAACGUACCAAGUCUAAUGGCUUAGUCAGGCUAAUACACCUAAUAACACAGUGGGGAUUGUUUUUCCUGAACCCCUUAAACGCACAGAAGCAAGUCAGGUAGUAAACAAAACCUCAACAGAAGAAAAAGUACAUUAAAAAGGCGAAGAUGUGGUAAAGUUAAGAGCAGUUAAGUUGUCUGUGUUUUCACCUUUCAGCGUACAAAAACACUGUUUGUCAGUUGUUUUGGUUUGUGAUCCAAUAGGCCAACCAGGAGACAGUUUGGUAGUAACUCGCUGAAAGGCCGCAAAUCGCCAUCUACCGUGUCGAUAUUGUAUAUUUUUUUUUGUAAAUGGAUUCCUACCUGGUGCUUGUAGUCUCGCUUGACUUAACUGUGCAUGUACACUUACUAAAUGAUGGGUCCAACUUUGUUCUACACUUUGUUAUCUGCUCUACACCUUUGAUAUUUGUUUUGAUACUCCCUACAGACAAAACUACCAAAUUUAAAUCCUAGUUUACCUUGUCAUUUUUCUAGAUUUCUAAAUGUAAAUCUAGAAAAAUGGUGUGCAUGCCUAACCUAAAUCUGUCCGAACAUCAUAUAUAAUAGUAUGCCAUCCUAUAUAGUUCCCUCUUUGUUGCAUGGAUUUUUUAAGAUAUGGCGUCAGGACUCAGCGUGCAGAAAACCUCUCCUCUUCCUUUGAGAGAAAUUUGUCCCAAAACCAGAGGGGGUGAAAAAAAAACCCCUGACAGAUCGUUUUAUUUUACAAUAGGCCCAAAGUGAGGUCAGUUUUCUAUCAAGGGACAAAACCUUUAAGCACUCGUGACCGAAAGUCUGUUAAACAGAGACUAACAGAGAGUAUUAUCCUGCCUGUGAGAGACAAUGGACUGCACUUCUUAGCUAUAGCAACAUAAUGUAUCAUUUUUAGCACCGGGAGUUACCAAGGGAACAACUUUCCACCUUUAUCAGGCAAACAAAGUGUACUUGAGAUUUUUUCUUUUCUAGUGUGUCAUAAGAUGUCUGAAGAACAAAGGCUUGGAUGAGGUGUGGUCUGGUCUCAGUCGGGUGUGGUGUCCUGACUAAGCGAGGGUCUUUGUAUGCAUCCUCCGUGCCUCGUUGAGAGAGGGGGGAUGUUGGCAGGACUGUGGCACCCCUCCUCCUCCUCCCCAGCCCCCCAGGUUUAAAAAAAAAAUAGAUCCAGUUCCUCCUGCCCUGUAGAGAGGUCCUGUCACGUCUCAUAGAGUGUACCCUUUUGAGGAGGCAGCAUCAGUGGGGCAGGGCAUAAUGUGGAACUGUCACUGUGGCCUUCUGGGAGGUGCACGCUCCUCUGGGUGGCCUUUCCCUCUCUGCCGCCUCAAGGGGGCACAAGGGGUGGAGGUGGGGUGGAGGAGGGAGGUUCGAGGGCAAAGGGGAUGGGGGGGUUCUGGCAGUUUGGAUGAUGAUGAUGGCGAUGGUGGGAGUGGGCCGGUGGGGGUAUGCACCCCUGCUGCCUCUCGAUGGUCACGUGAAGGUCGCGUUUUACAGGGAAAUGCCAGGGGGGGUGAGGAGAGGAUGGUGGCAUGGCAUCGGAGAGAAAAAGAGGAGGGGUGAUGACAGAGGUGGAGAUGUAAGUUAGCUUCACCUGAGAGGACGGAAAAACAGAGUUUAGUUCAGGGGGUUGAAGAACAAAAGAUUUAGUUUUAGGCCUUAAACACCGAUAGGAAAAGAGCUCCAUCACUGCCAAUCAAACUCCAUCAAUUCAUUUACCAACUGAUCAUAACAGCCUUAAAGGGAUAUUCUAGCAUAAUAUUAAUUUAGGGUCAAACACACCGUAACACUGAGUUAGACACCCCCUCGAGAGAUACAUGUUGCAGAUUGCUUGCUUCUCUAGUUAUACCAACUUUAGUAAUGACCGCACGAUAGCAAUACACAGCGGUCUGAGGAGCCAUAAACAAACCUCAACUAAAACGCCACUCUAUAGCCACAAAUAAUGCUCAGAACAGCACCUAACUUCAUCAACAGUACAUAUAGGGUCUUAGCCAAACAUCUUUAAACUUUGCCUAAUUUCUAUAGUAAAGAAACCAAACACAACUCGCCUACUCUCUUCCAGCAGCCGCUUGUUUGUAGCAAGACCUCAAGCCAGUCCAUUACAGACUACAGUGGGGGGGACGCAGCUCAAGGAAGAACAUUUAUGAUAAUUUCUUCAUUGAAUUGCAAUCAGAUGGAGACACCAAGGCAGAAGAACUACCGCGUCUGCAGUGCAAAAUGAUUAAUAUGAUGAUUAUUACUUUAAAGAAAUGAUAAAGAAAUGAUCAUAAAUGUUCUUCCUUGAGCUGCUUCACCCCGCUGUAGUCCCUAAUGAACUGUCCCAAGGUCUCGCUACAAACAAGCGGCUGCUGGAAGAGAGUAGGUGAGUUGAGUUUAGUCUCUUUGCGAAAGAAAUCAGGCAAAGUUAAAAAGACGUUUGGUGGCCAGUGCUGUGGCUAGGACCCCACAUGUACUGUUGAUGAAGUUAGGUGCUGUUCUGAGCAUUAUUUGUGGCUAUAGAGUGGAGUUUCGGUUGAGGUUUGUUCAUGCCUCCUCAGACCGCUGUGUAUUGCUAUCGUGUGGUCGUUACUGAAGUUGGUAUAACUACAUUCAUCUCUCAAGGGGGUGUCUAACUCAGUGUUACGGUGUGUUUGACCCUAACUUAAUUUUACGCCAGAAUAUCCCUUUAAGUUAAAAUUCGGUGUAGUGUUCAAGAUCAACAAGUAGAUGAUGUGCUGUUUUGUCCACAGGGGGCGCUAAAGUCAACAAAAACAGAAACUUCCUCACAGGAGCUUUAACUCAGAAGAUCAAUUGUACAUUGUUUGAACUUCGUGAAGCACAAUAAAAAUCUUAAUGCUGCUACAUGCAGGGGGUUUGCCUGAGAUGUACUUGUGCAGAGUGCUCUAGACGAUGCUCUGUACACAGUAUUUUUCAAUUAUAACCCAAAGAGUCAACAGUCAGGCACUCAGUUUUGUGAAGCUGUACUUCACAGAAAAUCCUCCACCUGAUGUCAGGUAUCAAGGAGGAUCUUACUUUAAAAAUGGAUUGUUCUUAUAAAGUGCUCUUGUCGUCUUUCUGCCAUCAUACAGCCAUGGCCUAUCUGUAUUAACCAAUCACAUUUACAAUAAAAACACACUCUGGUUUCUGUGCCACCAGGAGAAGUUAGGGUUCGGUGUUUUGCCUAAAGGCACUUUUGCACAUGACUGGUGAAGUGGGGAUCAAACCUCAGAUACUGACAGGCAGCUGACUAUUACUGAGCCACAGCUGCUCCUUUUACUGUGAUGGUAUUAUUAUUAUUAUAUACGACAGGCCCAAAAAGCAGACUCCUUCCAUGUGACAAUAACAGCAGAGGGUGGAAAGUUUCCCCCCUCCAGACACACUGAAUACCAGGCAGUCUGAAAAAUAAAUCAUAUAUCGUUUUUAUGGUAACUCUGAGUUCCAAACAGCAGAGUGCUGUUCACUUAAGUUUCUGUUUUCUUUAUGUUUGUAUUAAAUAAUUCCUCAUCUUUUCAAACUCACCAGUGAUUUUGAACUGCCAGCAUUUUUCCGCCCAUAUUAUGUGCAUUUUUUAAAAAUUCACAAGUACAGGAAGAGGUCUGUGUACAGGACAAUACUGAAGUCUGGGUAUCAGAAUCAGUUUCAGCAGAAAAAAAAGUGUUAUCUGAACAUCUCUGGAAAUAUAUGCAGAGCUUCAGCUGGAAUUAGGCCAUCCGAAGGCACACCAGAGCGCCUACAGGGAGAAUUCCUCCUCAUGCCACAUCAAGAUAACACAUAAUCGCUGACCCCAAACUUUCACACAUGCACAGUACAAAAACACCUGCACACAGUUUGACUCCAACCACAGCCUGGGCCAAAUCUGCUGCUUCUUCCUUUUUUUUUCUUUUCUUUUUUCGUUGCCAUAACCAGGUCUCCUCUGCUCGCUCCCUCGGUACAGAUAGCAGAGACCUACGCCUUCCUGCCCAGAGAGGCGGUGACUCGCUUCCUAAUGAGCUGCGGAGAGUGUCAGAAGAGGAUGCACAUCAACCCCAGCACAGCAGAGUUCAAAGGUAACGCCACACAGAAAACCUGUGAAGGUCUCAGUAAUUCUGAACAUAUCAUUAAGUGAUAUCCUGUUUUUGAGAUUAACGCACGAGUGCUCUCAGAUCCUUCAGCCUUCUAGUUUUAAAAAAGGGUUAAUACAAUGUUGAAAUGCACACUGAGAUUGUGGAAAGCAAUCUUUACAGUUGUUAUCAUCGGAUACUGUGAAAUAAUUUCAUCAUAAGAUUUAUAAACAUGUUUACUUAAUGUUUCACAAAAAGUAAAGGAGUUGAGUUUGUGCGUUGAAUCUUAAUGACAGAAACAGUGAAACGUUUAAUACGAGCUGAUAUGAACUAAGGUGUUGGGACUUUGAAGACUUUUUGAAUCAAACCCUCAUGAAUAAAACAUUUUGUAUGCAUCUAUCACCAACAUGAUGUAACAAAGACUCAAGAGGACCACAUCUCUGGGAUUGUAUAGACCCGAUAAAAUAUCCACACACCCCCUCUUGUGGCUGGUGUUGUUACUGCAGACAGCUCUCAUUCAUACUGUUGGAUUAUAGGAGUUUAAUCCACUCACCGCCGCUGUGUGGAUUUCAACCUUUGGUGGGAUAUUGCACCAAAUAUGCCUUACUUACAAAACAACUUAACAGAGGUGCCCAUGUUUUUUUUUUUGUUGUUUUUUAAUAGAAAAGAGUGAUGUUUCCAAGUUUACUCAAGAGCUCUUAUGAUAGUAGAACAUACGGUUAUGUCCAGUGGUGAUUUUUCUGAUUCAUAUUGUAUUUUAAUUCUGUCAUCUUCACAACUUUUAAAAAAAUCACUGUAAAACCUACUGGACCCAACACUUAUAACAUCAAACCAUCACAUGCAUAUGUAAAAUUUUUACAAAUAUUCUUAUUUCUAUUUAAUUCUGAAGUUAAAUUAAAGAUUCAGAUUCAGUUUGCAAUGAUCAAUAUAGUUUUUGACAGAAGAGAAAUGUUUUUUAAACACUAGCUGGAAGUAACUGACUCAUGAAUUUGUUAUCGUGAAGGAGUUAACGCAUUUUUGUAGUGGAGUACAAGCACCCUAAAUCUGCCUGUUAGUUAAUAAACAAUCAUUAUUUAUGUUUUUUUUUUUCAUUUGUUAUUUUUAAUUGUAUUUUUCUUCUGUUUUGGAGGGCAGGGGCUGGAUACGGUGAGAUUUAAAUAUUAUGAUUUAGGCCAGUGUGAUAAGUGAUACCCUAGGAAUCGAUCCUUUUACCUUAAUGACUUUAGCUUGUACCAUCUGAGCCCAAAUCAUCAACCUUUAAUUUUUAACUCUCCCUUUUUUCUUUCUUCUUUUGUCAGAAAAUGACCGUCCCACCUCUCUGGUCCCAGACCUCAUUGACUACAACAUGCCUCUUACUGCCACCUACCUGAAACAGAUGAAGCUGCAGUGCAUGACGGCCACUGAGAGGGUGAGUUUGCGCUUUUAUCAGUGCACCAUGAAUGUCUCUGAGCUUAAAGCAAAGGAAGAUUCAAGUGUCCUGAUGGAUCAGUCAGAAUGUCAUGUUUUCGUGUUUACUGGCUGCACAGAAAACAUUUAGGUAUUUUCUUUUUACUCACAUUGGAUCUGUGGAAGUCAACACUGGGCUAAAAAAGAUAUAAGGCAUCCCAUCCUGAAACUUAUAGUUAUCGAUCAGUUAGAGUCAUGCAGGGAGGAGGAGCCCUGUGUGAAACGAGGAUUAGUAAAUCCUCUGACGUCACUUGUAGACCACUCCCAUGUGUGGCUGUGACAGGAACACUCAGGAACCACUGUCACUAAAGUGCAGGGAGCGCUCCUUGAUGAUAAUAAUGCCGACCCCACUCGUGCAUAAUUAGGAUUAUCCGGAACAAUGACCCAGGCUGUGAUUUGUGGGUGAGUACAAAUUAACAAAUGCUCGGUGUGUUGGCCGUGUCUGUGUGCAGACUGAGAAUGAGCAGGGGGAAUAAUUUAAUUAUUAACCAUCACAGCGGGUCAUUUUAAUGCUGUGGGAGACAUUUAGUGUUUUAGCUCUGGCAGAAACUCCUGGACUGGCUCAAAGAUCAGUCAAAAACAUCUGAUCUCUCCCUUUUGGUUUAGUCUAGUUGGUGUGUCACAACUGUUUACAUGUUCUCCUGCAGAAGUUUGAAGGUUGUUACGACACAACUUCACCUCCCCCUCCCCUUCCUCUUCUAUACAUCUAACUGCAUGAAAAAGAUAAGUGCAAAAAGACUCUUUGAACAAGUUUUUACUGCAGAUUACCAUGAUGAUAAACCUUUAUUUUACGAUUGAGUUUGCACUCAGGCCCUCUUUUAAAAACACCCCUAAAAUUCAUGGAGGUUUAUCAUCAUUUUAGAACAGAAAGCUGCUAACAGAGGAGGCAACAACACAAACUCCAAGGAUGCAGAAAGAGUUUAAGACUCUGAGUAGUAAAAGUGCAAUCUCUGAGCUGUCAACAAAACUUUGCUUUUACUCAUAAAAUCUGGCUGCGACUAAAAAAUCUGCUAGAGAAUCACACAAAUGCCUUUUCCUGUUUUUAUUCUGUUUGUACAAGAAUCUAACACUUAAAAUAAAUAGUUUUCCAUCCACAUAAAUAACAAACAUGCUGUCCUCUUAUCUGGUUGGACACUUGGGCUGAUUUGAUUAUGCUCUUAAAUAUCUAAGUAAAGGUUACUGAGUGUUACAAGCUUAAUUUUCUGUGACCUGGUCUCAGUUUGAAAAGUACAUCCACUAAUUUGUAUCAAUUAUACAUCUGCUUCAGGAGCAUUACUGAUGCUACAUUUACUACUACUACUAGAAACUGUAAUUAUAACUCUCUCUCUCUUUCGCUCUCCCUCCUUCCCUCUCUCUCUCUCUUUUCCUCUUUCUCUCUUUAAUGCUCCGUCGCUCACUUGGUACCUAAUGGAGCUGUCACUGAGCAUUUUGGUCCUCUUCAAAACCUCUCACAGAGGGACAAACAGAUUCCCAUGAGUUUAGGCCUAUUUGUGUGCUCGUGUGGGGGGAAUGAUGAGAUGACGAGAUGUAUUUCUGCUCUGUUUCCGUCACACACUCGUAGUUUUGCCCCCCUCUGCCAGCUGACACAUGACGACGCGCAUGCAGGCCAAAGAGAGGUUCUGUUACGCUAGCGUGAUUUUACACCGGGGGCUCAGCGCUGGUCAAAAUGUGUUUCCAGAGGAUGAUUUAAUUUCUGCAGUUGGAAGCCAAAGCUUUUUGAAUAGUUUGGGAGAUUAUUCUGCUCUCUGUUGCUAAUCCUUACCCCCCUGGUUUACUCAUACUUGUGUUACGCUACAACAAGCAUCUUUAGGGUCUCUACGUAACGCAGUUAAAAAUAGCAGCGCUCUGAGAAACAUAUUACUGCACAGGGAGCCUCCUGUGAUUCUUUUUCCUCCUUUCUGCCGCACUUCAGGAGGGUUUGAGCAAGAAAAUGUGUAUCAACAUGUAAUCGCACAUCCAUUCAUGACACAGUGUUUUUGGCUGCCUCUUAACCCUACUUCAAAGAGAGUCCUUUACAAAACCAAUUCAGCCCAUGUUUGGUGCAAAAAUAUCUCCAAUUUAGUAGCUGAUGAUACGAGGCUUGUGUCAGUGUCUCUUUGCUGUCGCUGACAAAUGAAAUACUGUCACUGGGAGAAGGAAACAGAAGAUUUUAGACCUCAAACUCACUUGAUUUUUCAUUGACUUUUAUCUUUUAUCACUUUCACUGACUUCACUUAAAGAUAAGCAGAAUAAAACAUGACAUAUCUACGAUCCAUGAUUGAUUUUCUACUUUUCCAGUGUGUUAAAAGUCCUAUUUGUGUUUAGCUUUGUGUCAUUUUGCAGCUGUUACAUCAACCGGAUCUUUCUGAGAAGAAGACCCCAUGUUUCUUUGAGGUUAAAGGCCAAAUAAACCUUAGAAACUGAAAACUAACAGCCACAGAUACAACUUUAAUUCUGUUUAAAAGCGUGUCGUUAUUGGAUUAAAAUAAGCCUUCAAAGUUUGAACCUGAAACAUCCAAACACAUCAAAACACUAUCCUCUCCUCUCUUUUCCACCUUGUACUAAACUGAAACUUUGAUGCUGCUCUCUCUCUCUCUCUCUCUUUCUCUCUCUCUUUCUCUCUCCUCAGGAUGACAGUUCGAUGAGCAGCGAGGACAUGAACAGCGCCGAGCCUACAUGGGUCGCAGCUGAGCAGCCCCCAGUGCCUGAGCCCAGCCCGCCUAACGGGGAGAGAGUCAGCAACCCCACAGCCAGCGUCAAAGAAGAGGACGGUAAGACAUCAGACGUCUUAUCACAGCCGUUGAUAUUUAAAGAUGUUUUUUUUUUUUUCUUUCUUCAUAUUUUUGGUUCUUGAAGGUUCACUCGUUUCCCGGGAUGGUGACAGGAGCUCGGUGUUACUCAGGGAACAGCUUGCCUCGUUCUUAGUGUCCUAAUCCACACAAAUCCACUCUUACAGGGGGUGGACACACCACCGCAGCCCCAAUCCACCAUGCACCCCUCUCUCUCUGGGUGUCGGCUUAGAGAAGUAGGACAAAGGCCGAUGUUAACCCUCAUAGAUUAUAUAGCUCUAUAGAAAAACACUAUGAGUAUAUAUAUGACAUACAGAAAUAAAAACACUAACAUCAGCAGGCUGAGGUAAACAGAGCUAAAAGGUUUAAUUCAAACACACCAGGAAGUGAAGUCUCCCCUCCCCCAUCAGUCCCUCCUCCUCAUCCUCAUCUCUUCCUCUCUUUGCCGUUAAAACUCCUCAGAUUCCACCUUCUGCCCUAACUUUCAUUUAUACUGACAGCUGACCCCAAUACCCACUUCCUUUAUAAUUUCACAGAGCACAACGUGGGACAGGAAGUCCCGCCCCCUGUGCCCCCCCUCCUUUAGUCAUAAACAAACCGACAUUAAUAUUGAAUGAUACAAACAUCCACACUGCUCGUCUCUGUUCCCACUCCUCCUUCUCCUCCUCACCUUCCUCCUUCUCUGCCCAGAUGACGACUCCUCAGAGACUGGCAGUGCCAACGGGCUGCCGGCCCUGACCUCCCCGGAGGUGCUGGCUGUGGGUGGGAACCCCCCAGAUGGCGGGGCCCCUUACGGGGAGGUGACAGAGAACGGGCUGAGCGCUCCCCUGGACUUCAGCACCACCUCGCCCUCAUCCUCCUCAGAGGAUCAGCAGCCGGUCAAUCUGAGCGACAGACUGCUGCCUGCAGGGAGCUCGCCGCAAAACCCCUACCCCGCAGAAGGCAACAGGAAGUACCCCGUCAAAGCAGAGUAUGCCAACAAGGUGGGGACAGAGACUUUGUGACAAUUCGAUUCGUUGUCAGAGUUUGUCUGUGUAGUUUGUAAUAAUGCUGUUUCUGGUGUUUUUGUGUGUUUUCAGUCUCCGCCUUACAGCUCAGGAAGCUAUGACUCUGUGAAAACCGAACUGAGCAUGAGCGCAGAGGACUUGACCUCUGGUCGGGCUCAGAUAAUUGACGAUGACGACGACGAUCAUGAUGACCAUGAUGACAGCGACAAGAUCAAUGAUGCUGAGGGGAUGGACCCCGAAAGACUUAAAGCCUUCAAUGUAAGUGACCUGCCUCCCUGCAGGGUGUUAUGAAAUAUAUAUACAGAGAGAGAGAGAGAGAGAGAGAGAGAGCACAAUACAGUCCAGAUGGAGUGUUGUUGCUGCGCAUAGAUAUCAUACAUAAAUUCUCAUAUCAAGAGCCAAUAGAGGGGAGGACUUGAUCAUCACUAUUCACCUUAUGAAAAGCAGAUUCCUGAUUUGAAUGGAAAUGAAUAAAACAGUAGAGCUGCAAAAAUGCAAACAGAAGUGAGAAAGCAAACAGUAGAAAUAUUGUCCUGAAUAUGAGCAAUGACUCUGUUUCCAAUCUCCUCUUUCCAUCUCCUCCCCCUCCCUCUUUAUCCUCUCUCCUUCCACUCUACCUCUAAUGCUCCCCCAUCCCCUGCCUCACUUCCCUCUCUUUUGUUUUCGCCUCUCACACCCCUCUCUCCCCCUCUCUCUCUCUCCACACUGCACCCCCACUCCAUUUUUCUGCUCUACAUCCCCUCUCUCCCCUCCCCCCUCUGCCUGUCUCUGUCAGAUGUUUGUGCGUCUGUUCGUGGAUGAGAAUCUGGACCGCAUGGUGCCCAUCUCCAAACAGCCCAAGGAGAAGAUCCAGGCCAUCAUCGAGUCCUGUAGCCGCCAGUUCCCAGAGUUCCAGGAGCGUUCACGCAAGCGCAUCCGCACCUACCUCAAAUCCUGUCGCCGCAUGAAAAAAGGCGGCAUUGAGGUACAAAGUGCCUCCAGUCAUGAGCAUAACAACAUGUGUUUCAUUUGCAUUAUGUGUAAACAUUUCCCUGACCUCACUGCCAGAUACGACCCACACCCCCUCACCUCACCUCCGCCAUGGCUGAGAACAUCCUCGCUGCUGCCUGUGAGAGUGAAACCAGAAACGCUGCCAAGAGGAUGCGGCUUGAUGUCUACCCAGCAACGGUAAAUGAUGUUUUGGAAUUAACCCAGCAAGGAUUCAGGAGUAUACUUAGUAUGCUACACAUCAUUUAAGUGAAAGUGCUGAAAAUGAAUGACUGUAUCCCACACAAACUGAAGCGUUUCAUGUCUGAUAGGACGAGCCCGCCUCUGUUGACAAGUCCAACUCGAGGGACCCAGCCUCUGUGGCUCCGUCAGGGUUCACCAUCUCCAGCGCAGCUUUCGCCCAAGACCAGCUCUACACCAACGGAGGCCUCAACUACAACCUGCGAGGUUACGGGACAGUCGGUAGCAACCAGCAGAACUCUGGUGCUGCACAGACUAACGGUGAGGAGCUGUUAUCAGCACAACUCAGCAAGACGACUGUGGCUUUAAAAAGAAACGCUGAUUCAGUCUAUUUAGGAGAACAGUCUGAGUGUUAUUUAGGGUUUCUUGGUAGUUGUUCACAUCAUUAAAAAUAUUCAUAUUCUCACAUUUUAGAUCAUCCAAAGAACAGACUAUUCUCUGUUUAUCUGAAAGAAAAAAAAAACAUCAAUUGAAAGCAGCCAAAGCUUUGUUUUUGGAUUUUCCAAAUAACUGCUGAGUCACAGUGGAGCUGUGACGCAGCUAAAUGUUGAUGAGCAAGUUAGACAGUAUAACUUCCAAUCCAUGUGGCCUUUAGUUCGAUAAAAUAAUCCAGAAAUCUAUUUAGUGGCCAUCAUAUGUUUUUUUUCUUGUUGUAAAGUGGUUCACAUAAGCUGGAAUCAUCUAGAAAUGCCUUGAUUAACUAAAAAUCAGCAUUUUUUAGAUACUUUUUAUACUCAGUUGUACGAUAUAAGAAUUUCCUGACAUUCAAUAUUUUAUGUAGGUCAAAUGGUUCAGUGUGGCUCUGAUGUGAGUGACUGAGAAAGCUGCAUUUUCUUGACUGAGAGCAUGAAAUAUCAUUACGAGCAUCUGCACCGUGUGUCAGCAUGAAAGGCACGUCAGACUGGUUAUGCUCAGUUUGACGUGCAGCUGUCACAUGCGCGUUUGUGCAGCGUGAGCCUCCGUGGAGAGACAGACAGACAGACAGAUAAGCAAUGCCUCUGCUUUGACAUGUCCACUAUCAGUGAUGACAGUGAGUCAUUCUGUGAGACCACUUUGUAAACAAACACAAUGACUUGUGCAAAGAGAUGCUGCAAAACAGUAUCAGGCAAGGGAGGAAACACUUCGACCCUCACCACACACCUCAGUGACAGAGACUUAAAGGGAUAUUCCAGCGUAAAAUUAAGUUAGGGUCAAACACACCGUAACACUGAGUUAGACACCCAGUCGUGAGAUGAAUGUUGCUGAUCGCUUGCUUCUCUACUUGUACCAACUUAAGUAACGGCCACGCAAUAGCAAUACAGAGAGCCACGCACUCAACCAAAAAGCCACUGUAUAACCACAAAUAAUGCUCAGAACAGCACCUAACUUCAUCAACAGGACAUAUAGGGUCCGAGCCAUCAAACAUCUGUUUAGCUUAGCCUGACUUCUUUAGCAAAGAGACUAAAUACAACUCACCAUCUCUCUUCCAGCAGCCGUUUGUUUGUAGCGAGACCUCAGGCCAGUCCAUUACAGACUGCUGCGGGGUGACGCAGCUCAAGGAAGAACAUUUAUGAUCAUUUCUUUAUCAUUUCCUUUAAGUAAUAAUCAUCAUAUUGAUCAUUUUGCUCUGCAGACGUGGUAGUUCUUCUGCCUUAGCGUCUCAGUCUGAUUGCAUUUCCAUGAAGAAAUUAUCAUAAAUGUUCUUCCUUGAGCUGCGUCACCCCGCAGCAGUCUGUAAUGGACUGGCCUGAGGUCUCGCUACUAACAGGCGGCCGCUGGAAGAGAGUAGGUGAGUUGUGUUUAGUCUCUUUGCUAAAGAAAUCGGCCAAAGAUAAAAAGAUAUUUGGAGGCUAGUGCUGUGGCUGGGACCCUAUAUGUCCUGUUGGUGAAGUUAGGUGCUGUUCUGAGUAUUAUUCGUGGCUAUAGAGUGGUGUUUUGGUUGAGGUUUGUUUAUGGCUCCUCAGACCGCUGUGUAUUGCUAUCGUGCGGUCGUUACUAAAGUUGGUUUAACUACAGAAACAAGCUGUCGGCAACAUUCACCUCUUGACGGGGUGUCUAACUCUGUGUUACGGUGUGUUUGACCCUAACUUAGAUUUACGCUGGAACAUCCCUUUAAGACCCCUUUUUAAUGAGCUGGUAAGUUUCAUUACAUGUGACCCAAAACAUCAGAACAAUUUCAGACCCACUCAAGCCUGUUAAACCAUGCAAGUUCCAUAAUGUGAGAGGUAUUCAGCUGCAGAUAUCUUGGAGUUGCAUAUAUGUGCUCGUUGCAACAGCCAACAGCUCAUUGGCAUCAGGCUAUGAGCAAGCACACUUAUUCUGUAGCGUUAAGAAACCUGGCUAGUAAAUGCACACCCCCACUUCAGUUUUACAAACAUAAUAGUACUGGUAGUGAACAUGAUGCUCUUGGAUAAACACAGGAAAUGUGUGAGAAACGUUAAUGAGAAAUCAUCCUGUAGGUAGAUCACCUCUGACUUUAUCGAUCCAUAAUCUUUUGAUAGAUAGCCUUCAUAAAGCUACAAUCUGAAGUAGACUCUCUAUUCAGCCUUUUUUUUUAAAUCAAUUCAGCAGUAAUUGGUUUGCUGAAAUGCUGAACUGAAUUUUGGCAAAAAAAAAACUCUUUACACCAGCUCUGCUAUUGUGAGCAUGUUGGCAUGUUGAAGUCUUUCGUUAAGCUCAAGGCCUUUUUUGUGUUUGUUGAAGCAGAGACACUCAAGAGAGACGAAAAGAGAUGCAUUUUGUGGAUUUUUUGGUAAAUUACUGUCUUUUUUUUUCAGUAGUCAUUGUGCGAUUAAUUGCUUAUGAGCAAAGUUAGCGUUUAGGGAUUUUCUUUGAAAGUAUUUUGCACCCUUGUUGCUCUCUAUCAAGAUCAUAUAUCUUUAUUUUUGCCCCCAAAGGUCCCACAGAUCUAAGUAUGAAGUCAGUCGUCCCGAACUCCACCUCCUCCAGCUCCAACAGUCACGGUCAGGGAGGAGGCGGCGGUGGAGCGUCAGCCCAGCUCAGCCCUCCAGAAGUCACGGCGGUGAGGCAGCUGAUCGCCGGGUACCGAGAGUCUGCAGCCUUUCUGCUCCGCUCCGCAGACGAGCUGGAGAACCUGAUCCUGCAGCAGAACUGA